CAAGACAAAAGACAGCUGAGCUCGUGGGGCUUACCUCACCCAGUUUUAGAAGCAUAUAAGAACCAAGGGGUGACCACUAUGUUUGAGUGGCAAGCAGAAUGCUUGCUCACUGCUCAAGUUCUUGGUAAUCCGAUCCAAAACCUACAAUAACUUUACAAUUAAUUACAUGAAUAAAGAGAAAAAAAUUGUAGGUAAUAAAUAUUAAUAACAAUUUAGUGACAUUACUUCUUGUCUGUAACAAUCAUCUGAAGCAUUUUUUCUAAUUCAAAGAGAACAAAAUGAAUACAACUGAUUAACUAUGAUUUUCAGAGGGAGGUAAUCUUGUUUAUUCUGCCCCAACAAGUGCUGGGAAAACUCUUGUUGCAGAGUUACUUGUCUUGAAAAGGGUUGUAGAGACUAGAAAAAAGGCGCUCAUAAUUCUUCCCUUUGUGUCAGUGGCAAGGGAGAAGAUGUAUUCACUCCAAGUAAGUCUGCAAUUUUUUAUAGGUUAUAAUAAGUCAUUAACUUCAACAAUUUGUCUAUGAAAUUUAAGAGAAAACAUAGUGAUGUUUUAUGAACUCUUAUUAACUUUGCUUUUUUUGUGUAUUUGCCAGCGUCUCUAUCAAGAUGCAGGGAUAAGGGUUGGAGGCUACAUGGGAAGCUACUCACCAGCUGGUGGCCUGUCUUCUGUUGAUGUUGCUGUUUGCACUAUAGAGAAAGGAAAUGGACUCAUCAACAGACUUAUGGAAGAAGGAAAGCUGGGGGACCUGGGUAAGCUCAACACUGCAAUGCACUACUCGGCACAAUUUAUUUUGAGACUACUCUUGAUUUAGAAGACAUGGAAAAGAUAAUGCACAGUGUUUUUUGAGAUUAGUUAUGUGUAACCGAGGUAUAGCACAUAGACAAUUAUCAAUACCAAUUAAUUCUUUAAUAAUACAAACACCCAUCCAGAAUGAACAUUAAGAAUGAACAGAUCUCGUUAAAACCUUGUUCACAUUGCCAGGAGCUGUUGUUCUGUCUGGCAAGGAAGGCUCUUAGCUGUAACAUUCUUCUCCUAUUGUCCUGUCUUUCUGAUUCAAGCUUCCAGAUACCUUGUUCUACUAUUUCCUUUACAUUUCCAGGAGCUGUUGUUCUGCCUGGCAACGAAGGCUCUUAGGUGUAACAUUCUUCUCCUAUUGUCCUGUCCUUCUGAUUCAAGCUUCCAGAUACCUUGUUCUACUAUUUCCUUUACAUUUCCAGGAGCUGUUGUUCUGUCUGGCAACGAAGGCUCUUAGCUGUAACAUUCUUCUCCUAUUGUCCUGUUGUUCUGAUUCAAGCUUCCAGAUACCUUGUUCUACUAUUUCCUUCACAUUGCCAGGAGCUGUUGUUGUUGAUGAGCUGCAUAUGGUCGGUGACUCACACAGAGGUUAUCUGCUGGAACUGAUGCUGACCAAGCUGGCCUAUAUCACACACAGGUAA